AUGCCGCCGGUCAAGCGCGCAGCCUUGGAUUCGAGGACCAGCACCACCGACCGCGAGAUGCGAACCGUCCCCGUUGGGACUCUUCAGUAUGAUACCAAGUUUGGGCUCGUCUCCUUCGAAAUCCCCAGGGCACGCAUUCGCGGACAGGCUCGCGCCAUCCUGCGACGUUGGCUUGCACGAGUGAAGCCGUUCCCAGCGCACCACACCGGUCUCACUGUCGCUUGGGCAUCACCAUUCACCGGUGCUGAGAAACAGACAGGGUGCGUUGGUUGGACAAGCAAACCGGCCAGGCUGUGGCCUGGGCAGUCGGAGCUUGGUGUAUCCACCUCUUUUAUUUGGCGUCUCAUUCCAACUGUUUGCAACAUCUGGAACCUUGAUGGGCAUCUGAGUCAGGACAGAGACCUCAACAGUUGA